AUGAACCUAAACAAGGCCGCGCGGGCCUUGUCCAAGGGGACGGUCGCCACGCCCGCCGCCGCAGAGCAUGGCCAGCACAUUUUCAUCUACAACAACAUCCGCACCAACCAGACCGUCUACUCGCUGCAGCGCAACUUGAACAACCACGAUGCACUGUCGCAACUCAGCUUCGCCGGCAAGAAGACUGUCCCUGCAAAGCUACGCAAAGACAUAUGGCGUCCUCUGGCCACCGUCAGUUUCCGCAACAGCGCCGAAGGCCUUGUUGUGUACCGAAAUCUACGCGAGUUCCGAAAGCUUCACGAGCAGAACUGGGACCACACCAAGGAAUACCCUAUGCUUCCGCCAGACGCGCAAAAAAGGCUCAAGGAAAGCAAGGCGGCACCGACCAAGAAGGAGAGAGCCAAGAUCAUCAUGGACCAGAAGGCCAAUUCCAUCGCCGAUCUGGCCGCCGUGCUCAAGAAGCAUGCAGCUGAAUUUCGAACACUAUUCCAGCACAACGAAGAAGCACUGGACCGAGAAUUGAACGACGUGUUUGCGGCAGCUGGCCGUCUUAAGAAGAUCAACAUGACUAUCAAGGAAAAGAAGGAGGCACUGGGUAUGAAGGCUACGUCCGAGGAGAAGGACGCCACGCCUGACGAGAAGGAGGCUGCUCCUGCGAAGGAGGUUACGCCUGAGGAGAGGGAGGCAAUUUUGAAGGAGCUGAAGGAGCUGGCUUCCGAAAAGAAGAAGCUGCGCGGCGCAGAUGAGGCAGCGGAAGCGAUAAAGCCGAUACAUACGGAGUUGACGUUGUCGAGGAUGAGGGACAAUGGCGGAAUGGCCAAGAUCCAGAAGGAAAUCGACGAAGCGCGAGACACGCUGCGUUCGAAGGACGAGGAUAUCACCGAAGGAUAUAGGGCAUUGUUGGAACAGCGCGUGAGGGAGUGGAAGAUAAAGAUUCGGAAGAUACACAAGGCGUUCCUCUCGAUGCGACUCAGGCUAGGACGAACGGCGUACGACCCCAAGCAGGAGGUGGAGCAGAUAUUGGAGCAGAUGCUGGAGAAGGCUGACAAGAAGGCCGGUAAGAAGGCCGUCAACAAGGUUGUCAACGAGGCCGCCAACAAGCCUGCCAACAAGCCCAGAAAGAAGGCCAACGACAAGAUUCCGGAGCCCACGGAGGCCUUCAGGGCUGCCGUGAGAAUCAAGUGGGCAGACAUUCGCGAUGCCAGUCAUGCUAAGCAAUGGCCGUCCACAGUGAAGCACAGCGAACUGGGAUUCAUUCGCCACUCAGCACCAAGCAGCGCCCUGCGGAGGGCAGUGCCAUUCCCUGAGUUCCCGGCUCGGUAUGAGUCGGUAGUAGCUACAGCAUGA